AUGCCGAAGAAGAGGACGCGUCCGGCAAAUGCGGCACAUACUUUUGCCUUUGUUUCUGUCAACGAUUUCGGACAGGUGCAUCAGGCAGUUGAUAGGAGACUGAUCAGAAGUCACUGUAUGAUCGGUAAAAACAAGAGAAGGCCAGAUCCUGAAGCCAAACCCUCCAAGCAUGGCAGUGGUCGGGGUGCGCAAGCCGAGUCCCAGCAGCCGAUUCCCGUAGCCCCCCCUUCCGACCUAUCACUCGUCAAAUUCGUCAAGGAUAUCGACUCACAUACACGGAAACUCCUCUUCGAGUACUUCGUCGAGUCAAACUCUCUCUUGUAUCCCCGUGAACUCGGCAUUGACUAUGAGCGCAGCAGGAGCUCCUGGUUUGUGUGGCUUUCGUACGACCUGGGAUUCUUCCAAUCAGUCCUGCUCAGCGCGUCUGCCAUGGUAGACUACAAGACGAAGAAGCCAUUCAGCAACGCGACGCACCAACACUUGCAAAAGACCAUUGGUCUGUUGAACGAGCGCUUGUCGGAUGAUAACCUCGCCCGGAGUGACGCAACUAUCUCCAUAGUGCUCAACCUUACUAGGCUUGCCGACUAUUCCGGGGAUGAAGAGGCCAAGAGGACACACAUCGGCGGUCUUCAACGGCUAGUGCAUCUACGUGGGGGUUUGGAUGCGUUCCGGUCCAAUAACAAAAUGUGGAUCAAGCUGAGUCGUCUUGAUUUCGGCCUUUGUCUCGACACUAGACAGCACUUUGAGACCGAGCCUGCGUUUUGGGGUCCGUUAUUCGACUACAAGAGACCCCUUCCAUCCGAAAACCCCAUCUAUGGUCUUAUACCGGAGUUAUCUGCGUUCGAAUUCUUUGUGGAUUCCAGACUGACCACCAUCUUCCGCGAUCUGCAGUAUUUCAGUGCGCUUCUCAACACUGCAGUCCUCCGCAAACGGACCCUCAGCGAUAAGCAAUUCCACCAAAUUGUGUGUUCCAUCCAACGCCGUCUCAUGCGCCUGCAAGGUACGCUACCUGAUCUCCUAGGAGAGUGCUUCCGCUUGGGCAUGCUGGCCUUCCUCGCGACGCUAUUUCAGGUUCCACGGACGCCAUGUAGCUACCCAUACCUCGAAGCCCGGCUCAAGGAGGCCUGUCAGUCCAUCGAGACGACGCCGGACCGGCAGGAUAUACUAAUGUGGCUACUGAUGGUCGGCGCUAUGACGGUGUACAAACCCGAGGAACCCUGGUUGCGCGAUCGAUGGCUUUCGGACGUGUUGCCCUCGACGUGGGCAAAGGCGCGAGGAAGAUUACAGAAUAUUGUAUGGAUCAACGCUCUGCAUGAUCAGCCGGGUAGGCAGGUCUUCGAUGUGAUGAGCAUGAAGAGGCCGGAUUGCUUUCAUUUAUCUGGUUGA